AAAUCAGCUGUGUACCACACACAGGGAACAUGUAUUAAUAAAUGUGCGUAUUAAAUUGUUUCGUGUAAAAAUGUCCACUGAGACUAUUGAUAAAAAAGUAACUCAAUGUUUAUGAUAAAUUCACGGUUAAUAAAACAUGGCGCGGCGGAGGAGCAGCGGUAUCACAAACCUGAGCUUUAACCAGGACCAAGGCUGCUUCACUUGCUGCUUAACAUCUGGCUUGCGCGUCUACAAUGUGGAGCCGCUUGUCGAGAAGACCCACUACAGCAAGGAGGAGUUGGGAGAGGUGUCACUAUGCGAGAUGAUAUUCCGCACCAACUGGCUGCUGCUGGUUAGGGCGCGCCGCCCGUGCACCUUGCUGCUGCUGGACGACCAGCGGCGCAGACUCAAAGCAGAGGUGCACUUCAAAUCGCCAAUCAGAUCUCUACGCGCCAGAAGAGAUAAGGUGGCAGUGGUGUUGUCGUCCAGUAUACAAGUGCUUACUGUGCCGUGUUUGACGCGGGUCGCGUUGUUGCGCACGCCGACUAGCGCGCGCCCGCUGUGCGCGAUCGCGACAGACCCGAGCGCCACGCCUAUACUGAUCGCGCCGGCGCACCGGCGAGGCUCGCUGCAGAUACUGGACGUGUCCCGUUCGGUGAAAGGCGCCCUGUCCAGUUCGCCGGCGGUGAUAAACUGCCACCACAACGACCUGGUGUGCCUGAGCGUGUCGCCGAACGGUGCCAAGUUGGCGACCGCGUCCGCGCGCGGCACGCUCAUACGCGUGUGGGACGCGAACACUAAGCACUUGCUGCACGAACUGCGACGGGGCUCCGACUACGCGGACGUGUAUUGUAUAAACUUCAAUCCGUCUGGUUCGCUGGUGUGUUGUGUAUCGGAUAAGGGCACGUUGCACGUGUGGUCAGCGCGCGGCAUGUACGCGCAUUUGGCGUCCGCGCCCGCUGACACGCACGAGCGCGCACUGUGCGCGUUCACUGACGAUACCACCUCUAUAGUGAUAUGUGAAGAUGGAACAUUCCACAAGUUCAAGUUCUCCGCUGAAGGCACUUGCCACCGCAGCGACUUCGAUUAUUUUCUGCAGGUCGGCGACGAUGACGAGUUCAUGCAAUGAUGUAUUCU